CUGAUUUUGUGCCAUAUACUUUGCUUUACAAGUUUAUAUAUUCAUUCAGCCUGGAGUCCAUACCUAUUUAACAAUGUUCUUAUCUCUGUACCAUACAAAGAUAAGGAAGCUAGGAUCUUAAGUUCAACACCUUAAUUCAUGAUGUUUAUAAUAGUGUUAUUGCUCAGUUAAUUCACAUAUAGCAUUAUUGAAGCUUGGCUGUUAAUAAUUAAAGUGUAACAAUGUGGCUAGCUGAGCACAGGGAUGUCAAUAACUGGUGUGUGUGUGUAUGUGUGUAUGUUCAGUGUAUUUGACACCGCAUUCUUGAAGGGAAAAAAAACUGUCUCACAUUUUAGAUUUUCUCUAUUCCUUAAAAUGUACCUCACCUGACAACAUGUUUCAAACAUGAGUUGACUGUAUCAAAUUUUAAAAAGUGGUUUCUGUAAUAUUUCUGCCUAUCUAUCAUAGAACAUCUAUAUUAUACAGUUCUUACAUGAGGUAUUAUAUGAAAGUAUUUCUCCUCAAAUUUGCAAAUGAGUGCCUUAUGUUUUGUGAUUUUUAUUGCCUUGCUAGUAUGCAAGUAAUACUGUUUUAUUGAAUUUUAACACCACUUGUUUUGCUUUCAGUGAACCUCAUUCUCAAUGGAGAUGGGGACUGGAAACUACACAACAAUGACAGAGUUCAUUCUAUUGGGGUUAACAGAAGAUACCACAGCUUGUGCAAUUUUAUUUAUUGUGUUUCUUGGGAUCUAUGUGGUCACCUUACUGGGCAAUGUCAGCAUAAUUAUGUUAAUCAGAAGCAGCCCUCAGCUUCAUACUCCAAUGUACCUUUUCCUCAGCCAUUUGGCCUUUGUAGACAUUGGGUACUCUUCAUCAGUCACACCAGUCAUGCUUAUGGGUUUCCUCAGGAAAGGAACUUUAAUCCCUAUUGCUGGUUGUGUAGCCCAACUCUGUUCUGUGGUGACAUUUGGGACAGCUGAGUGCUUCUUGCUAGCUGCCAUGGCCUAUGAUCGCUAUGUAGCCAUCUGCUCACCCCUUCUCUACAACACCCACAUGUCCCCCAGAAUCUGCAUUUUCUUAGUGGGCAUGUCCUACUUAGGUGGGUGUGGGAAUGCUUGGACAUUCACUGGCUGUCUGUUAAGUCUGUCCUUCUGCGGGCCAAAUAAAGUCAAUCACUUUUUCUGCGACUAUUCACCACUUUUAAAGCUUUCUUGUUCUCACGAUUUUAUUUCUGAAAUAGUUCCAGCCACCUCAUCGGGCUCCAUCAUUGUGAUCACAGUGUUUAUCAUUGCUCUCUCUUAUGUCUACAUCCUUUUUUCAAUCCUGAAGAUGCGCUCUACAGAGGGACGGCACAAGGCCUUCUCCACCUGCACCUCCCACCUCACUGCAGUCACUCUGUUCUAUGGGACCAUUACAUUCAUUUAUGUGAUGCCCAAAUCCAGCUACUCAACUGACCAGAACAAAGUGGUAUCUGUGUUCUACACAGUGGUGAUCCCCAUGCUGAACCCCCUCAUCUACAGUCUCAGGAACAAGGAGGUUAAAGAGGCUGUGAGGAAACUGAUGGCUAGGACCCACUGGAGAUCAUAAGAAACCUGACUUUCAUAAUAAAUAUAUAUAAUAAUGACCCCUAAUGAAGGUUCAAGGAUAAUGUACUAAGUAAAUUUCAAUUUGUAUUCACAGUAUCCUAGACUCAUAAAUGUCAAUGUCUUGUUAUCAAAAUUUUCAGUGUAAAAACGAGGAUUCACUAAGAUAGGAACAUGCUGCAAAAAAUAAACCCACAAUAUAGUUAUUCUUGCAUAUAUAAGCACAAGUCUUUUCACA